AAGGCAGGAAGGUGUUUGCGGGCCGGGGGUGUUUAGGAAUGUUGUCUGCUCGUACCGAGGUUUAGCCGACUUUUCCUCGUGCCUCAACGUCUGCCGAGCAUGGUCGAUCAGUCUCUGGCCUCUCUUCCAUCGUGCGAAUUGGUCCCGCCGAGAGGUUGGCUACAUUAAAAGUCUUGUCGAAGUGUAUGCGGGAAGGAUGAAUGAGGUGUGAGGUUCUUGAAGACGAUGAGGAUGAGGAUCGGAAGUAGUACACCUCAAACGAUCGGAGUUACUACGCCGCUAUCAUCGAGGUCCCAGCGAGUGGUGGGCCAAUCUGGAACACUUAUUUUGCAUUUGAUACCCUGAACCUGAGCAGCCAUCGCUGCAAGCAAGAUUCUCUUCGCACGAUGGAGCGCGAUGGGUUCAGAUCGCCAGAGGAGGGCAUGGUGGAGUCUUUCAGAUUGGAGAGCGAAUCAUCGCAGCUGCAUACCGAUCAUUACCUGGCGUGGGAGGGGAAUCUGCUGCAGCUCAUCGAAACUUCUCGGACGAAGGAUGGUCGAGCGGUGCUUGCUGAUCUGAAAAUCAUUCCUGUACUUCUGGCCUUGUUGAAACGAUUUCAUACGAGCCUUUUAGUGGGUCAAUCUUCGAACAGCCCUCCUCACGAGCCAUCGAAAUCCUCGACUACCCUGUUGCUGUUCUUGAAACUCCUACGAAAUCUGUGCGCUGGGGACUCGUCAAACCAGGAUGCAUUUCUUGUCGAAGAAGGACCCCUUGUUCUUGUUCCGAUUGCCACAGCACUCCUCUCAGUGUGCAGGCCCAGCCGGGAUUCGAGAAUUUCCGACGAUCUUUCGAAAGUUCAAAUUUCCAGUUUGUCAAGCAUUUCGAAAGAGAUCACAGGAACUGGUAGUCCCCAGCAAGGAGACAUUUACUCCCGAAUGAGGGCAGAUUUGGAUGUCCUCGGUGGAAAUUCUUCUGAAGUGCGGUCGUCAGGUCGUGAGAGAGUUCUUUACGCGGGCGAUAUUUCUGCGUCUGCUUGCUUGGAUUCCGUCCGUAUGCUAUUACAACUGUUGGGAAACUUCUCCCGCGGUGGAGAUGCGUGUGAAGAGGCCGUAUGGCAAGAGUUUUAUCCCAAUUUGUUUUCUGAACUGGCAUCACUGCAGUCGAAUCAGACUUCCGACGUCUUGUGUAUGGUGUUGUACACGUGCUGCAAGAACAGCAAGCAGAGAUGUUGGCAACUAUGCCAAGGUCAGGGUGCCGUUCUGAUGAGUCUUCUCAUCGUUGCAGCGACGGAGAACAACCCAGAGGCCCAAGAUACAGCCCAAAUAAAUUGGUUCGAGCUACUCGUUCGACAUAUUUGCCUCGAGGAGUCGCUCUUUCCAUUGUUGUUCACAAACCUUGGGAUCCUUCCUAUGAGACGAGAAUUGGAGUUUUCUAAAAUUCAUAGCGAAGAGUGCUUGUGCGCAUGUCAACUCUGGCUCAAGACAUGCACCUUCACAUCAGUGCAGGCCAGCCUCUUGUACGCAGUUCUGGAUUGUCUCACCGUCGAUGUAGAAGACGCUUCUACUCUGACGGAGGAUGAAAAAGUUGGCCGAUCCGUCGAUUUAAAUUCUUACUUUUCAAAGCAUGUCAUGCUUUUCUCUGUGAGAAUUCUCGAAAGGGCCGCACUCUGCGUUGUGGAAGAGUCAGACGAGGACUCGGUAUCAUCUGUGCGUCCUCUGCACUCAGGAUCUCCCUCGGUUCAAAUCAUGGGAUGUUUGUUGCACUUCUGGAGAAUACUUUGUACUUGUGAGUCUAGAAGCGAACAACGGCUUCUCUUAUCGCAAGUGCUCGUCCAACACGGCCUGCUUGACCUUUUGCUGAAAUUGCUGGAAGCUCUCGGCCCCCCGGAAGCUCAUGGCAAGAAAUCAGUGGCUCGCAACCACGAAAGGGAUGUCACGUCGUCUGGACCUGGAGCUGUUCCACGUACAAUGUGUUAUCAAGGUUACAGGCGGGACAUUGUUGCAGUGAUUGCAAAUGCCUCUCAUCAGAACAGGUUAGUCCAAGAUCACGUCAGAGAAACGGGCAAACUCCUGUUGGUGCUUCAGCAGAGUACGGUGGAGAUGGACAAUCCCUUCUUGAGAGAAUGGGGUUUGUGGGCAAUGCGCAAUCUGCUCGAAGGCAACACUUUGAAUCAGAAAGAGAUUUCUUCCUUGGAGUUACAAGAAGCAGUGAAUCUUCCAGAACUUCACAACAUGGGGCUGCGCGUCGAGAUCGAUCCCAAGACAAGACAACCCAGGCUUGUGAACACCGGUUCUCGAUAGUAAUCUGUAUCCUGAGAAUGAGUUCUUAUUCAGUCAUGGUUGAAGACGAAACAGGUACGUACUAUUACGGACACUGGACACGAGUGCGAAUGAAGAGGUUGUCCUGUGAUUCAAGGCGCUAUUUGAGAUCAACCGAGAUUCACUGAAGCACAGGCUCAUGUGCUCUUCAAAAUCCAGGUGUACUAGGAGAGGUUCAGGACGUCGGUACGCAUCUGGACGGGGAUCUUCUGACUGCCAGCAAGUGGAGAGGACGAUACUAGGUUUAGGGGAUCUGGUUUCGGAGAUGUCCAGGAUGGAGCCUGUCUGUCGGAUAGAUCCGUAGGUUUCUGUCUGAUGUGUGCGGGUACGUUUCACCUCUCGGCACUUUAACAGGUCACGAGGAGGAGGCUGCAGUUAUUAUCGAACUGAAAGAUCCGAGUGUGUAAUUGGCAUAACUCUUCUGCUGAGAAGUGCAUAGGACGGGUCCAGUACUGGGUAUCAGAAAAUGGUGGAAGUAGUUCAUAGGCAAGGUCAGGUAAUUGUGGUAGGAGAUCCUGGUUUCUGCACAGGACAUUUUUUUACAGCUUCGAGGUCAUAGAUUGCAAUAAUGUCCUGUAGAAAUUAAAAUGCUAUGGAAUGCUUUUAACCUUUAAAGGAGUAAAGUAAACCAGUGCCUUAUUUUUC